AAUGUUGUUAUCUUUAUCUUCAGUUGAUAACUUAUCAACGAAAACUCAAAAAUCGACUAACUAACUUCUGUUCACUAGGAUACCUUGACAAUUGACGAUUAUUAGGCAUCGAAUAUAGAAUUUCAUGGAAAAGUGUAUCGUAUUUGGGGGCGUUUUUGGAAUCUAUUUUUCAUUCAUGAAAUUUCAUUUAGUAUAUAAACAUAUGGUUUUUUGUUCUUCGAAUUGUCAUAAUUAUUAAGACAUUUGUUACUGACGUUGACAUUUAUGUUGGAGGUGCUAGUAUGCAUACAAUUGUUGUCCGGAAAUACUGUGUUACAGUGGAUGUUAUAACAAUGAAUAUUCUUUAAUAAUAAUCGUAAUAAAUUAUAAACAUUUUGGAAGCAGCAGAAUCAACAGUGGAUAGCAUUAUGGAGGGUGUUAAUGGGCAGCUGCAAACCAAAUAUCAAAAGAUUGCUACUGAAUACUCAAAAAUUCGUGCUCAAGCAAAUGUUCUAAAAAAGGCUGUGAUUGAUGAACAAGCACGUAAUGCAGAUAUUCGAGAACAGCUGAAGGAGAAAGAGGUAGAACUUCGAAGAGCAGAACAAGAAUUAGACAGUUUAUCCUUUCGAAAUCAGCAACUGACCAAACGUAUAACCGUAUUACAAGAAGAGCUGGAUAAAGUACAAAAUAAAUCUAAGAAAGGAAAGAAUAAAUUAUCUGAAAGUAAUAGUCAAUUAUCACCAUCUCCACCACCAAAUCACAUCUUGAAUGAAGAAUUUCAAAAGAAAAUAGUUGAAAAUGCUCAAUUGUUAUCUCAAAUCAGUGACAAAGAUAGUGAAAUUGAAACUCUAAAUGAAAGAAUACAGCAAUUAGAAUAUAAAUUAGAUCAUAGUGAAAAAUCUAAAAUUGAAUUAAAAUGCCAGUAUCAAAAUACUAUAGACAAACUAGAAAGAGAAAGAAACGAAUUACAAAAAAGAUUAAAUGAUAGACAUAAACAAGAGGAAACUGUAUCAUGGUCUAGUAAUGAAGGUAAACGAGAUGGAUAUGAAUUUGAUACUAGAGUAGGACAUUCUAGUCAUUCUCAACUAGAACCAUCUCCAUUUUCAUCGCCAUUAGCAUCACGUCGAUCAUCAAAAUCUCUUGGCGAAGGUCGUCCUCAUAAAGUACAAGAAGAAAAUAAUGAAUUUGAUUUUUCAAAAUCUUGUGACUUAGAAAAAGAAAUGAAUUAUUGGAAAUCACAGUAUCACAUACUUAAAAUAAAAUAUGAUGAAAUAGAACAAACAGAAUGCUUGAAACAGUUGCAACUCGAGAAUGAAUCGUUGCAACCUGCAGAAAUAAACCAUAUGAUCGGAAGACUAACCGUACCUUUUGCAAUACCAGAAGAAAUUGAAGCUCGGGAAGCAAAAAUCAGAGAUUAUUUUCUUCAAGAGAUCGAUAAGUUAAUAUCGGAAAAACAUAUAUACCAUGUGAAAAAUUUAGCUAUGGCUGCCAAUACCGAAGUUAUGCAAGUUCAUUUAGACACGUGUGAAUCAAAAAGGGAGAAGUGUGAAUCUGCACUUUCAGAGGCACUUUCUAAUUGUAAUAUUUUGCAAAAAGAUAAAGAAACACAAGAAGGAAAUUAUAAAGCUCAACUUAGUACUAUGAGUGAACACCUUGCCAUCAUGAACGAAAAGCUUAUUUCACAAACAGAAGAAAUCCAACAAUUAAAAUUUCAACUUGCAAGCAAGUAAGAAAGGCAAACAGAAGUGAUAUAGAUCAGGUUGUUAAUGAAUAACUAAUAACAUUCCAACAGCAACAUACUUUAAUCAGAACUAUCAAUAUCUUUAAUUUUAUGUACAUAUGAAACUUACACGUGGUAAAUAGUAAUUACAAUUUUAAUCAUACUUUAAUUAAUAUACUAAAACGAUUUUGGAAUCUGUUUAGUAUAUGAAAUAAAAGUAAAAAUUAUUAUUAACAUCCAUUGUCUGAACAUUUAUAACAUAAAUAACACAUCUUAUGCAGACUCGUAAAAUACAUAUUUUAGUCACUUCAUUACAACACUAUACAGUUCGUUUCCCUAUAAAUAAAAUUUUUCUUUAUACUUUAUUUGUUGUACAGGAUGUUACAAAACAGAUGUAUAUCCUGAAAGCUGCAAAUUUUUCAUAACGAAAUAAAUCGAAAGAUCGUUCAUCGUUUUGCAAUCUAACGUUUAAGUAGAGACUCACACUCAUACAUGGAAUUCAGCAUAGACACACUUUCAUGCAUAAAGUUUAAACAGUUCCCCAAAUGUUAAACACCUAAGUUUUAAUUAUUCAGAUCUUGAAAUAUUUUAAAAAUUAAACCACAGAUUGCAAAAUGAUGAACUCUGUGGAUUCAUUUUAGUAUGUAGAAUCUGCAAUAUAUAUGGUGUAAAUCUCUUUAAGGCACCCUGUAUAAUAAAUAAAUAUUAUUAAGCAUACUGAUAUACAAAUAUUCUUUCACACUUACUGUGAAACUAUAGUUAACUGAAGUAAAAUAUAUAUUUCUUUAGAAAAAAUAUGAACAAACUAUUCGCAAUUAUUUUAUAACAAAAGAUAGUACAGAUAAAUUACUUUGCAUAUGAAUUUACUAAACAUGAAAAUUCAUUAAUUUAUUAAAUUUUAAUAGAAAAACUAGAGCCACAACUACAACCUUGUUCAGCUAAAGGAUUAUUAGUUAUUCUAAACGCGGAACGUAUUAAUUCUGUAUGAUACUCUAUCGUUGCUCCUUUAAUAUAUUCUAAAGAUGUUGAAUCUAUCACCACUUUGACACCAUCCUUUUGAAAUAUUCUGUAACAUAAUGCAUCUGAUUAAUUUUUAAUAACAAUGCCAUAAACAUAUAAAUUAUUUACAAUAUGUUAUCUUACUUAUCAUCUUCAUUUAUGUUUUCAUCUAAAUCAAAUUUAUAUUGAAAACCAGAACAUCCUCCACCUUCUACUGUAACUCUUAAAUAACCUUUAUCAUCAGUAAUUUCUUUUAAACGUUUAACACAGCUAUCUGUAAUAACGAUAUCAUUGUCGGCCUUAACAGCAGCCUCCGUUGACAUUUUAUUUAACGACGAAACUGCAGAUACAUUAUACCAGUGAGAACUACAAAUCAAAAUUGCCUGCUUUAAAACAAUCACAUGUCAAUAGAUAUUGUAUAGAAAUUUCUUGACAACAUAAUAUUACAAUUAUUUAGAAACGUA